GUUAACUGAUUUUAUCAUAAAAAUAUUGUGGUUAACAAUAACCAUAAAGAUGAUGACUCUUACUAUAUAAACAGCAGAAAAACUAAUUGUUCAGUAAUAUCAGUACGUAACUAUUACGACUACUAUAAACAUGGAGAUCAGUCGGAGUAAUGUUGGUGGCGGCAGCAAUGACGGCCCUCUGUUCGACAGUUUUAGGACGGAACUGCUGUCUCCGGCUGCCCAGGCGGUGGUUGAUCAGAUUCAGUCAUCAUCUUCCGCGUCAUGGAGGCUUAACGUUAGUGAAUUUCAUCUUCCAGAGCAACGACGCUCUGAUCCUCGCUGCUUCAGUGUCCGUCGUCUCCUUCCCACUCCCAGGAAACAGGGUAAAAUCGCGGAAUAUUACAAAAGGCAGGAAAGGCUUGUAGAAGGGUUCAAUGAGAUGGAUACCAUUAAUGAAUCUGGUUGUUUACCUGCAAGUCUAACUGAGGACGAAAUGAAGCAGCUUGCUAGGAGUGAAAGGAUGGCUAUUCAUUUAUCAAACAUGGCUAAUGUGUUACUAUUCGUAGCAAAAAUAUACGCAUCUGUUCAGAGUAAAUCAUUGGCUGUUAUAGCAUCGACGUUGGAUUCUCUGUUAGACCUUUUAUCCGGGUUUAUUCUGUGGUUUACUUCUAAUGCCAUGAGAAAUCCAAAUCAGUAUCACUAUCCUAUUGGGAAAAAAAGGAUGCAGCCUGUGGGUAUUAUUGUUUUUGCAUCUGUAAUGGCAACACUAGGAUUACAAAUACUGUUUGAGUCUGCAAAAGAACUUAUAAAUCAGUCUCGCCCUGAGAUGGAUCACGAGAAGGAAAAAUGGACGAUUGGGAUUAUGGUCUCGGUCACAAUGGUCAAGUUUCUGCUUAUGGUCUACUGUAGAAGGUUCAAAAAUGAAAUUGUAAGAGCUUAUGCCCAAGACCAUUUCUUUGAUGUCAUAACCAACUCAGUUGGAUUAGUGACUGCUGUCUUAGCAGUCCGAUUCUACUGGUGGAUCGAUCCUGCAGGAGCUAUCAUAAUAGCUCUGUACACAAUUAGCACGUGGGCGAGGACAGUAGCAGAAAAUGUCUGCUCACUCAUAGGAAGAACAGCUCCACCAGACUUCCUUACGAAAUUAACCUAUCUUAUAUGGAAUCAUCAUGAAGAGAUCAAGCACAUUGACACGGUUAGAGCAUAUACUUUUGGCGUAAAUUACUUUGUGGAAGUUGAUAUAGUGUUGCCAGAGGACAUGUUUCUGAAUCAGGCACAUAAUAUUGGUGAAACACUGCAAGAAAAACUGGAGCAACUCCCUGAAGUAGAGCGUGCUUUCGUCCAUAUUGACUUCGAGUUUACUCACAGGCCAGAACACAAAAUCACAGUGUAAUGACAUACAUACUAGUUGCAUCAAGGACCUUUACUCAAAAUAAUAUUUAUGUUGAGUUGAAUCCAUGAAUUAUUCAAGAUCAUUGGCUUAGUCCAGAUGAAAGAAAAAUCUAGCGAAGUUUCUUUGUUUGAUAA